GGUUCGGUUUGAUUGAGCAGCGCCUGAUUCUCUCCAUCUCCUCUACGCUCGUCCGUCUUCUCCCCGGUCACAUCCUUUCACAGCCAUCAUGUCCAUUUCUUCGCAGGUCGCCGCCCGCUGCUGCAGGCAGAUCGUCCGCCCAUCCGCCGCUUCGUUGCGCCUCUCUUCCUCGACAUAUCUGUCUCAGCGGACACGGAGAUGGCAGUCCACCGAGGCGGAGGCUGCUGCCCCUGUCAACCCUAAGAUUAGCCAGAUUGUUGACCAGAUCAGCACAUUGACGCUUCUGGAGACCGCCGACCUCGUGGCCACCCUCAAGUCCCGCCUCAACAUCCCCGACCUCCCCGUUGGCGGUUUCGCCAUGGCCGGCGGUGCUGCUCCCGCCGCCGCUCCCGCUGAGGAGGAAGAGGCUGCUCCUGCCGCCCAGGAGAAGACCCUCUUCAACCUGAAACUCGAGUCCAUCGACGCCGCCUCCAAGGCCAAGGUCAUCAAGGAGAUCAAGUCUCUCCUCGGCCUGUCCCUGGUUGACAGCAAGAAGUUCGUCGAAUCCGUGCCCAAGGUCCUGAAGGAUAUCCACUCCAGUUGCACAUCCAGCCAAAGUGUGCAGUGCAGUCAAGCACCCAGCUCCGCUCCACCAAGACACAAAUCUCUCCGCCCCAAACCUCCAACAAACAACCACCUCAACCUCCUCCCCAAACAACUCCCCAAAAAUGUCCCUCACAAGACCCCUCCGAAAAUGCCACGCCUCCUCCCUCGCCUCCCCUACCACCACCAUACCCAAUAUAACCAACAUACCCCCCAAACUCAACCCACAAGAACACCACUCAGCCAACGGCAAUUCCACAGCACCCCCCAACCCUCCGCCGCGCGCUCCCCCUCGGUGCGCCGCGCCGAAGCAGCCCAGAAACGGCCGCAACAGCCACGAGCAACAAACACCUACACCGAAGACGGGCUCCUCAAGACCCCAGCACAGGGCGACUUGGCGCAGCGGCUCCGGUUCCUCGAUUUCGCGUCGCAGACCCUGCACCAGGAAGCGCGGCGAUAUGGCGGCGUCACGGUCGACCAUGCUACGUUCGUGCGCAUCGCGAGGGAGCUGUUUAAUACGGCGUAUAUGCAUCCGCCGGCGGGGCAGCUUGUGUUACGGAUCUCGGAUGAUGUAGAUGAGGUCUUUAGGAUAGGCUACCACAUCGGGACAAGCGACAUGGGAUUCAAGGAAUGGGUGCUGGCGGCGUGCAGUCUGGCCGGGGCGCGCGUGCCCGUGCUAUACCAGACGGCGCGGUAUCUCACCAUCACAGAACGACGGGGCACGGAGGUGCGGCAGACGGCUGUUAUCGAUCGGCUGGAGGAACUCGGCCGCACGAGCAACGAUCCCCGCGCGCUGCAGCUGCUGGCGCAGGUGCAGGGCCGUCGGGGGAAGUAUACCCAGGCGCUGGAGCUGAUGGAGGCGGUGCUGGCGCGGAUUCAGCCGGCCAAGAGCGCGCCGCGCGGGGCGGAGCAGUCGUACUUGAUCUCGGAGGUUAUGGAGACGCCGUGGCGGGUGUAUGCGUGGUUGAAGGAGCGGACGGGGGAUGCGAUGGGGGCGGAUGAGGUGAUGCGGAGCGCGGCGCUGGAGUUUGAGGAUCCGCGGGCGUUGCAGGAUUAUGCGAGUUUGUUGAUGCGCGAGAUGGAUCUGGAGGGGUAUGAGGAGGGGAUGAGCAAGGCGGCGAGCUCGGGGGAUGCGAUGGCUUGUCUGAAGCUGGCGAAUUUCUACUAUCUCACGUCGAAGGGGUGGUUUCCUCGGCGGGGGGUGAAGGUGUCGGAGGGGGAGAACGCGAAGGCGAUACCGAGAGCGUCGAGGACGGUUGAUCCGGCCAAGCCGGUGGAGGAGAGGAAGCCCGGCGCGCUGGGUAGGUUCUUCUGGUUCCUUUCUGCGGACGUCAAGUCGCAUGUUGAGUAUCGGAAGUUGGCGAUGGAUUGGUACGAGCUGGCGGUGAAGCAUGGGAACUCGAGGGCCGCGUUGCUGCUCGCUAUCAUUGAGCGUGAGGAUGGGAAUUAUGAAGCGGCGUGGGAGCUCUUCUGGUCCUCGCGGACUGCCGAUGCGAAGGAGUUUAUGCCGACGUCUCAGGAUGAGCUUCUGAAGGUCUGGCGGGAUGAGACGUUCCGGCCCGAGGUGCCGCUUCAGCUGCUCGAUCUUUGA